UAUAAUAUGUCAGAGAACACUAAGUUUAUGAAUAGGUCAAGGAGCGUUACUUCUAUGGAGGAGGCAGCCAUUCACUUCCAGAAGUUGAUGGAUAAGUUGAAGAUGCAGAAGAUGGAGACUAUUGAGGAGAAGUAAGAGGAAGGAUUAUAAGAGAACAUCGGAGAAUAGGAGGAGUGCAAGUCCUACGAGAAGUAUCUCUCCAGGAGGUCAUUCGCCUUGGAAGAGGUCGAAGAUUAUAUCAGAGGAGUUUGAUAAGGUUGAGUAUAAGAAUAUGGGUAAAAUUAGUGGUGAUGUAGCAAGAAAAGCCUUUAUGUUAGAGAGAAGUUAUAAGGACCCUGUAGAAAAGCACCCAAAGAAGCUGGCCAAUAGGUAUUCUAUAGAUUUUGGCAAUACCACUGGGAAGCAGCUUUCUAAGUAUGGUAGAAUGGCAUUUCAAAAGCGAAAGAACGAAAUGGAAAAAUUUGACAAGAAAACUAAAGACGAUCAAGAAUUCUACGAGAAAAAUAAAAGAUUAAUUCUUAAUGAUCAAUUUAAUACAGCAAACAGGUGGAAUCAGAAUGUAAACUCUAGAGAGAUGCUUAUAUCCACUUACAAGUUGGAUAAAAAGCAGUUAUACACACCUGCUGAUGCAAUGGAGACUCUUAAGCACUCUAUUACCGAGAGAAGCCUGCACAAAGAUAACAAAUUUAGGAACACAAAGUUCCAAGGAGAGUACUUUAAGGUAGAAAGAACCCAUCUUCAAUAA